CCUAUCCUGACUUCAGUGCGCAGCGAAGAAGUUGGGGGGAGUCUCGUCUCGACCUCCAAUCAGAAUAGCUAGUCGCAGCACUGACAGUUAAUAUAAAACCGCAAGACAUCUCUCCAGCUUGCCUGAACCACACAAUGAUAUGGGAUUUAUAAAAAUGGGUGCGGAGGUUGAGUUUCAUGCAGGAUUCCUCGGGGCUGUGAAGUGAAAUGGAUUGUCCAGGCGAGACAACUAUCUAAAUGUAUAUUUGAUGAUCAAGAGCAUGAUGGCGUUUCUCCUGUGUGUUAGCCUGUGGAUGCUCCUGGCUGUCCAUGGCCAAGCUGGAGCAGUGAAGAACUGCCACCCGGGUUGCCACUGUGAGGUGGAGAGCUUCGGCCUGUUCGACAGCUUCAGCCUGACCAGGGUGGACUGCAGGGGAGUGGGCCCUAGCACCAACCCCAUCUCCAUCCCCCUGGACACUGCCCACUUGGACCUCUCUUCCAACUCUAUGUCCCUGCUGACUGACACCAUGCUCUCUGGGCCUGGCUAUACCACCUUGGUCAGCCUGGACCUCAGCAACAACCUCAUCUCCAUGGUCAGCCCUAAGGCCCUGUCCAGGCUGCGCUACCUGGAGUCUCUGGACCUCAGCCACAACUCGUUGGAGGGCCUGGACGAGGGCUGCUUCUCUGGCCUCCCCCUGGCCGAGGUGGACCUCAGCCACAACCACUUCCGAGAGUUUGAUCUGGACAUGUUCAUCACUAAAGAUCACGGAGAGCCAAUCAGCGUGGAUCUGUCCCACAACCGGCUGACAGUGGUCUCCUGGAGUUCUUCUAGGAGCCCCUUGCUACAUGUCCAGAGCCUGACUCUAGCAGCCAACCAGCUGAGGGCCGUGCCCAAGCUAAAAGGCAUCCUGCUGAGGGACCUAAACCUGGAUGGGAACAGUAUCUCCCACAUUGAGGAGGGUGCUUUUGAGGACCUCAAGGACCUUGUUUACCUGUCCCUCAGUGGGCUUCCUGAGCUCUUUAACAUCCAGCCCAACUGUUUCAGAGGCCUACAGAACCUUCAGGUCUUAGACCUCUCCAACAAUGCCAAGCUAAAAACACUGAGCCCAGCUGUGUUCAGUGGACUUGUGUCUCUACAGGAGCUCAAUCUGUCAAACUCUGGAAUAACCUCAUUGCCAAAUAACAUGCUAAGUCACUUGCCAAUCAUCAAGAGUAUCACCCUGGGCCAGAAUAUCCAUUGUUGGAGGACUCAAAAGCAGGGCCAGUUUCACAGGCAGCUCGGACAGGAACAGAAACAUGACGAGGUGCUGACCUGUGACGUUGAAGGGGUUAUUUCAUGAUUGUGUUCGGAUCGUUUCCGUCAGUAUGGACAUCUAGCUCACACAUUAGUGCUAAAACUGUGCCUUAUAUCACUAUAUGCAAAGAACACUUUUUGUUAUUGCCGCCAAUCAUGAUAAUUACUAUUUGAACAGUUGUUUAAAUUUAAAUAAAAAAAUGUGCUUUGCUUUUA